AUGCAUUUCAUACAUUUCAUUUCAUAUAUCAUAUCUAUACUUAUAGUAUCAAUAGUUGCUUCACCACGACUAGAAAAAAUCACUACUAAAUAUUUAUCACCUGACCAACAGCAACAGCAGCAACAACAACAACAACAACAAACCAAACGAAAUAACAACUAUCAUUACAAUCAAUAUAAUAAUUAUCACCAUAAUGAAUAUUUAAACAAUAACGAUAAUAACAAACAACAUCAACCAACUCCUACAAAUCAACCAUAUUCAUCAUCCCUACUGCCCUUGCAGGAUAGAUCUUUGGAUGAUUGGGAGUUGAAUAAUUUGAUACUAUUAAGUGAUACAAAUGGUUCACUACAUGGAGUUAAUAGAGAAAAUGGUAAUGUAGUCUGGACUUUACCAAUUGAUGAACCACUAGUCAAAAUUCAAACAAAUAUCAAUGGACAAUCAUCAGGCGCAACUUCAUCUUCAACUUCACUGACAAAUUCAGAAUCAUCAUCUUCGUCAUCCGCUGCUCAAGACAAUAUAAUAUGGUUUGUGGAACCAUAUCAAGAUGGUACUUUAUACUAUUUCACUCCGAAGUAUGGUUUGAAUAGAUUACCUACCAGUAUAAAAGAUCUUGUCAUGGAAUCUCCUUUUACUUUAAGUGGAGAUGAUAAAAUUUAUACAGGAACAAGAAAAACUUCAUUAUACAGUAUAAAUAUUUAUACGGGAGAAAUCAAGUCUUCUUUUGGCAACACUGAAGAAUGCCCUAUUCCUAAAUCCACUUUGCCACCAGAUGAAAAAAGAUCGCACAAUGAGGAUGAUAAUAUAAUGAUUGGUAAAACUACUUACCAAUUAACCAUCCAUUCUAAAAGUAACAGUAAUAUCAUGUGGAAUGUUACAUAUUCCCAAUGGGUCCCAAAUAAUAUCGAUAAUGAUUUAAUUCUUCAAAACCAACAAUCUAUGGAUAAGGUUUACUUCACUCCUUUCCAUGAUAGGUCCUUAUUAGCUAUUAAUAAAGACAUUGGCACACCUAUUUGGAUUAGCAAAUUGCCAGCAUUACCAGUUAACAUAUUUGAUGUUUUCCGUCAUAAUGAAAAUAGCAAUGAAUAUUUACUUCUUCCUCAUCCGUUGAAAGUCUUGAAUGACUUACAAAUGAAUGAUAUAAACAAUCAAGACAUGGUAUUUGUCAACAAAACAAUUGAUUCUAACCAAUGGAUUGCCAUGAGUUUCAACAAUUAUCCAACAUUGAUUAAAAGUGCACCAAUUUCGAAAUACCAGGAGUAUUUGAACAAGUAUUAUGCUGGCAUAAACAAUAAAGAAGCACUUGAUUAUAUUUCAAAUUUCCAAGUUGUCAACAACUCAGAAGAAAAUAUAGAAGAUUUUGUUUCAGGUAUACAUCGAGUGUUUGAAUUGUCGUCGAUGAAUUCAUAUCAACCCCUUGAAAGAUUCCGCACUCCGGAAGAAGACAUAAAGAGAAUUGGAGAUGGUAGUGAGAAUAAACACACACCAGAAACAACAACAGAUAAAGUUCCUAAUAUUAUGGAUGGAUUUAAGUUCCCAUCAAGACCAUCUACUUUAAGAUCUGAAGUUUUAUUAUUAGAACCUGCAAGAGAGGAUUUAAUUGAACAUGAACAAACGAUGUACGAACCUAUCAAUCACGCGGAUAUCAAUUCUCCAUCUGUUAAUUCGAUUUCUAUUGUAAGAAGAAUCUUUGAAGACUUGGCUGUUUUAUUAGUAUUAUUUGUUUUAUUAUUGUCAUUUGGAAAAUCUAAUAAAUUUGUCAAGAAGUUUAUUGGUGGAUUACCGCUUGAAAAACAAUUAGCUGAUGACGAAGAGCAACAAAAGGAACCGGAAGAGAAAGAUGAAGAUUUAAAACCAGCUGAAACUAUCAUUAUUGAAAAGCCACAAGAAGUUGUUGAAGCUAAUAAAGUUGAAGAAAUUAUAGAAAAAACCGAAGAAGUUACAUCAACUUCUGAUGAUCAAGUUGAAGUGAAUGAGAAGGAAGCACCAGUUAUAAAUGAACCUGAGAUUGUCAAGAAAAACAAGAAAGUGACAAUUGUUGAACCGGAGGAAACUACUGAAUCCAAGGAUUCCAAUGAUGAUGUAACUGAAGAACCAACUGGAAAGAGGAAAAAGAGAAGAGGUGGUCGUGGUGGUAAACGUGCUGCUGCCUACAGGAGAAAUAAAUUAAAGGCAGAAGAAGAUGACCAACAACAGCAAGAUGAUGAUGUUGAGGAGGAAAUUAUACCUACAAAGAGUCUUUUACCACCAGCUACCAUUCCCGCUGCCAAAUCAAAAAAGAAACUUCAAAUUCAAAAUAAUCUUGUUAUUUCUGACAAGAUUUUAGGAUACGGGUCUCAUGGUACUGUUGUUUUUGAAGGUACAUUUGAAAAUAGGCCAGUUGCUGUUAAGCGUAUGUUGUUGGAUUUUUAUGAUGUUGCCAAUCAUGAGGUUAGAUUAUUACAAGAAUCCGAUGAUCAUCCUAAUGUUGUUCGUUAUUUCUGUUCUCAAAGUUCUGAAUCGGAAAAGUUUUUGUACAUUGCAUUGGAAUUGUGUUUAUGUACUUUGGAAGAUAUCAUUGAGAAGCCACAGAAAUUACCCGACUUGUGUAUUCCUAAAAGGAAUGACAUAUUGUAUCAAUUGGCAAGUGGGUUGAACUAUUUACAUUCGUUAAAGAUUGUUCACCGUGAUAUUAAGCCACAAAAUAUAUUAGUUGCUACUAUCAAGAAGAAUAAGAAUGACAAAACUAUUGUUGAAGAUGGAUGUGAGAACAAUAUUAGAUUAUUGAUUUCUGAUUUUGGGUUGUGUAAGAAAUUGGAAAAUGAUCAAUCUUCAUUUAGAGCAACUACACAAAAUGCUGCUCUGGGAACUUCUGGCUGGAGAGCCCCAGAAUUGUUGUUGAAUCACGAUUUAAUGGAAGUUAUCUCACCAGAUUCAAUUUCUUCCGUCCAUUCAAAUGGUCAUGUUCAACCUUCAUCUACUUCUUCCAUGACAUUAUCCAGUAAUGGAACAUCUAGCGGUAAGAGAUUAACUAAAGCCAUUGAUAUUUUCUCAUUGGGCUGUGUAUUUUACUAUAUCUUAACUGGAGGGUAUCAUCCAUAUGGUGAUAGAUAUCUUAGAGAAGGGAAUAUCAUCAAGGGAGAAUAUGACAUCUCCUUGUUAAUGGAUAAAUGUCCUAAUGAUAGAUAUGAAGCCACGGAUUUGAUUACCAAAUUAAUUGCUUAUGAUCCAAGUGUUCGACCAAACACUGGUAAAAUUUUGAAACAUCCAUUAUUUUGGGAUUUUGGUAAACGUUUGGAAUUUUUAUUGAAGGUAAGUGAUAGAUUUGAAGUUGAAAGAAGAGAUCCACCAAGUGAAUUAUUGUUGAAAUUAGAAGAACAUGCAUUGAAUGUUCAUAAUGGAAAUUGGCAUAAACAAUUGAAUGAUGCCGAGUUUAUGGAGAAUUUGGGUAAAUAUAGAAAAUACAGUCCGGAAAAAUUGAUGGAUUUAUUAAGAGCCAUCAGAAACAAAUAUCAUCAUUAUAAUGACAUGCCUGAAUCUUUACAAUCAAAGAUGAACCCAUUACCUUUUGGGUUUUAUAAAUAUUUUAAUGAUAAAUUUCCUAAAUUAUUAAUGGAGAUUUAUUAUGUUAUUGACGAGAAUCUUAAAGAUGAACAUGUUUUUAAAGAAUAUUAUUAG